AUGGUCGUUUACCUUCUUGUCAAUAAGACUCUCAGCGUUCUCUCACACUACUUGGAGACAGCCAGGUUCCGCCAGUUUUGGGACGAAGCAGCUAAGAGCCGCCACGUAGUAGAUGCUGUACCAGGGUUUGAACAAGCAGUUCAGGCUUAUUCAGUUCACGUACUGUCACUGACUUACCAGAGGGUUCCGAGAUCUGUUCUUGCCGAGGCGAUCAACAUUGAAGGUCUGUCUCUGGACAAGUUCAUUGAGCAUCAUGUCGCCAACUCGGGCUGGGCUAUAGAGAAGAGUCCGGAUAAGGGCCAACUCAUUAUUCUCCCUAGCAAUGAAUUCAACCAUCCAGAUAUCAAGAAAAGUACCGUUGAUGGUAUUCCAUUGGAGCAUAUCGCUCGCAUAUUCCCCAUACUUGGCUGA